AUGUGGGCUGAUAAAGAGUUUGUAUGGUCUUUGUGGAAACGUCUUCAGGUGACAAACCCAGAUCUCACAAAAGCAGUCAGUUUGGUUGUGGAAAGAGAGAAACAGAAAUCUGAAACUAAAGACAGAAAAGUUCUAGAAAUUCUGCAAGUCAAGGAUACUAAAAUACAAGAAUUGGAACAGAGAGAAUUAGCACUAAAACAGGAAAUAAAUGAUGCCAUAAAAAGGAAGAUUGCAGUAGAUGAAGAAAAUGCUUUCUUAAGGAAAGAAUUCAAUGACUUGGAAAAGAAAUUUAAAGAUAAAAGUCAAGAAAUUAAGGACACAAAGGAGUGUGUACAGAAUAAAGAAGAGCAAAACAGACUAGUUAUAAAGAAUCUGGAGGAAGAAAAAGAGAAAUUAAGUACCCGCUGUGCUGACCUGCUAAAUGACCUGGAGAAACUGAGGAAGGAGGAAGCACAUUGGAGAAAAGAAAAAUAUAGCAUUGAUGCAAAAAUAAAGGCAUUUGAAGACAAUUUAAUUGAAGCAAGGAAAGAAAUUGAAGAAUCACAAAGUAAAUAUAAUGCUCUAUCAUUACAGUUUAAUGAUAAACAGACUGAACUUAUCCAGAAGGAUAUGGAUAUUACCCUGGUCAGGAAGGAACUGCAGGAGCUGCAGAAUCUUUACCAGCAGAACAGUGCACAUACAGUGCAGCAAGCAGAACUGAUCAAGCAGCUUCAGCUUCUCAACAUGGACACGCAGAAAGUACUGAGAAGUCAGGAAGAUGUUCACACAGCCGAGAGUGUAUCAUACCAAAAACUUUACAAUGAGUUACAUAUUUGUUUUGAAACCACAAAAUCAAAUGAAGCUAUGCUCCGGCAAAGUGUUGUUAAUCUUCAGGAUCAGCUAUUUCAAAAAGAGCAAGAAAAUGCUAAGUUAAAAGAAAAACUUCAGGAAUCACAGGGAGCACCUUAUCCUUUACUGCAAGAAAAUGAUUCAGAUUACUCAGCACAGGUUUCUCAUCGGCCAUCCUUUUCAAGCUUGGAAACAUUAAUGGUCUCACAGAAGUCUGAAAUUGAAUAUUUACAGGAGAAACUGAAGAUAGCAAAUGAAAAACUGUCAGAGAACAAACCCCCCAGCAAGGGUUUCUCAGAGAAGAGCAUCAUGACAAGUACUGAAGGAAAACAUAAGGAACCACCUGUGAAACGUUCAAGGUCUUUGUCCCCAAAGAGCUCUUUCACAGACUCAGAGGAGCUAAGGAAGCUGAGAAAAGCUGAAAAGAAGAUUGAAAACUUAGAAAAGGCACUACAGCUAAAGAGCCAAGAAAAUGAUGAGCUAAGAGAUGCCCAUGAAAAACGUAAGGAAAGGCUACAGAUGUUACAGACCAACUACAGAGCAGUAAAAGAGCAAUUAAAACAGUGGGAAGAAGGCAGUGGCAUGACUGAAAUCAGAGAAAUAAGGAGAGCAGAUCCCCAGCAACUUCAGCAAGAAGAUUCUGAUGCUGUAUGGAAUGAACUGGCAUAUUACAAAAGGGAAAACCAGGAGCUAAUGUUUCAAAAGUGAGUUUCUUUUUUAACAAUGUGGACUUAGUUAAACAU